UCUCGCUUACUGCCCUCAGUUCGGUUCGGUUUUUUUUAUCCAGAUAAAAAUCAAAUUCAACAAACGAUCGCCAAACGAUCCCCACUUGGUCGCCACACAAACAACGUCGCCCGAGAGCCGACGGCUAUAUCAUUUACCCCUUCCCGGAGAGCCCAGGAAAGCCCGGAUCCAAAGUGCGUAGCCCCCGCAAAAAGUCGAAGAAGAAGAACAACAACAAUAGUGGAGAGGUGAAACAAAGGAGACGCAGCCCAAGAACAAUUAAAUUGGCAAUUUGUGGGCGACACAACGUCCAUAUAUCACGUGAUUCUCUGGCUUUACAUAACAUCCAAGGCGGGCGUUUCGAAGGAGGAGCUGCUAAGGAUUGCUUUUGGAGUGGAAAUUCAGCAGCUGGAGAAGUUGGAGCAGCAGUUGGAGUACAGGAGCAGCCAGAGAGCAUCUCAUCUUCUCAGGAUCCCAGGGAAAUCCCCAGAUAACCCCCUACCUCCAACAUGAACAACCUGGCCGACACCGUGGUAGUGGAUCCUGGAUUCGGAGGCGGCGACAAGCAGCAGCAGGCCGGACCCGCGCCGCAGGAUGCCAGCGUGGUGGUUCCCCCGCCGGCCACCAAGCAAUCCUCGGCCCUGAAGAAGACCAGCCGCUACAGGAGCCGCUCGCUAAGUGCCUCCUCCACGGACUCCUUCAGCUCCGCCAGCUAUACGGGCAGCAGCGAAGAUGGCGAUGAUGUGCCGCCGCGCGAGAAGGUUCAGAAGAACACCAAGGGCAGCUCCGAUUUCUGUGUGAGGAACAUUGCCGCCCAACAUGCGUUCGGACGGCGGGAAAUCGAGAUUGCCGAGCAGGAAAUGCCGGGCAUCAUUGCGCUGAAGAAAAGGGCCGCCGAGGACAAGCCGCUGAAGGACGCCAAGAUCGUGGGAUGCACACACAUCAACGCCCAGACGGCGGUGCUCAUCGAGACGCUGGUGGAGCUGGGCGCCAGUGUGCGCUGGGCCGCCUGCAACAUCUACUCCACGCAGAACGAAGUGGCCGCUGCUUUGGCCGAGUCCGGAAUCCCGAUCUUUGCCUGGCGCGGGGAGACGGAGGAAGACUUCUGGUGGUGCAUAGAUCGCUGCGUGAACGCGGAGAACUGGCAGCCAAACAUGAUCCUGGACGACGGGGGCGAUGCCACGCACCUGAUGCUGAAGAAGUACCCGACCAUGUUCAAGCUGGUCAAGGGAAUCGUGGAGGAGAGCGUCACCGGAGUCCACAGACUCUAUCAGCUCUCCAAGGCCGGCAAGCUGACGGUGCCGGCGAUGAAUGUGAACGAUUCGGUGACCAAGACCAAGUUCGACAACCUGUACAGCUGCAAGGAGUCCAUCCUGGACAGCCUCAAGCGCUCCACGGACGUGAUGUUCGGCGGAAAGCAGGUGGUGGUCUGCGGCUAUGGAGAUGUGGGCAAGGGCUGCGCUCAAGCUCUAAAGGGUCAAGGCUGCAUUGUGUACAUCACGGAGAUCGAUCCCAUCUGCGCCCUGCAGGCCAGCAUGGACGGUUUCCGCGUGGUGAAGCUGAACGAGGUGAUCCGCAACGUAGACAUUGUGGUGACGGCGACGGGCAACAAGAACGUGGUGGUGCGCGAGCACAUGGACAAGAUGAAGAGUGGCUGCAUCGUGUGCAACAUGGGCCACUCCAACACUGAGAUCGAUGUUAAUGGGCUGCGCACGCCGGACCUGACCUGGGAGAAGGUGCGUUCCCAGGUGGACCACAUUAUCUGGCCGGAGGGCAAGUACAUCAUCCUGCUGGCCGAGGGUAGGCUGGUUAACCUGAGCUGCUCCAGCAUCCCCUCGUUCGCCGUGUCCAUCACCUCGGCCACCCAGGCGUUGGCCCUCAUUGAGCUUUUUAAUGCCCCGCCCGGACGCUACAAGUCGGACGUCUACUUGCUGCCCAAGAAGAUGGACGAGUAUGUGGCCAGCCUGCACCUGCCCACCUUCGAUGCCCAUUUGACGGAGCUGAGCGACGAGCAGGCCAAGUACAUGGGGCUGAACAAGGCCGGUCCUUUCAAGCCCAACUACUACCGCUACUAGGAUGGAGGGUGCGCGGAUGCGGACAAUAACACCAGCAAUUAGGAGAAACAACAACGCCAACGAAAGUAUUGUCUUUGCGAAGAAGUAAAACUAUUUAAAACAAUUGUUGACACACACACACGCGCAGACACACAGAGGUCACACAAAAGGACAUGGAAAGGAGAACACAAAGUUACUAUUACCAUUGUACUGCUUAGUUUAGCUCGAGCGGAAUUCUUGGUUGCUUUUCGUUAGCAUUUAACGUCUUCGAUAUAGUAUUUAGCACUCGCUUUAGCCGCCGGAGUAUUCUCUCUGUUAACUAACCCCCAUGACUCUCUAAGCCCUAACUAAUCUUGCCCCAAGAAUUUAUCCCCUUAAAAUGUUUUUAUAGCCGGUUACUUGAAUUUAUUUUACACAUUUCGAUUGCUCAGACUGUUAUGGCUCAAAAGAUGCGAUUAGCUCAAGGAAUUCUUGAUAUCUUUACUUUAGUUGUUCCUUUUAUAAUGUCGUAUUUAAUAUUUUUAACCUGUGAGAGCUACGUUUGUUCUCGAAUGCGAGCUUAAACAUAUUUGUACAAUCUAUGCAUGAAAGUUCUUCCACUUUUUUAUAAAAAAUCAGUGCUCCUUUUAAUCUAAACUUUCUCAUUAAUCCCUUUUUUGAGCUAUAGCAGCGUCAAAGAGAUCGACCUAACCUCUCGUAUUGUUUACGUACUUAAUUUGUUAAUCGUUUAUGCCCCCGCUUUUGAUUAUGGCACUUUUGUACUUUCGUUUCGUCCGGAGAGUGUUGAUUGAAAUGCAGUGCAAAGUAAUUCCAUUUUUUCAAUUAUAUACACGCUGGCAUAUAUAUCAGAUCGAGAAUUAUAUAUAUAUACACUGCAUAUACACCUAAUAUGUAUAUUAGAGAAAAGUGAAAAAUGUUUGUAAGAAAUUGUGAGAAACGCAAAACAAUAAAAAAAGAAUUCUUUAUUGAGCAAUAA